AUGGAGAGGCAGAAGUUUCCCUUUACUAUUGAGAACAUCCUGAAGUAUCCAAGCAGCAGUGGAGAUAAACGGUCCUACGGAGCGAGUGGUCUUGGCUUAAAAGAGAAGACGGUGAGUCCUGCUGGAGGCCAAACAGAGGCGGUUCAUCAUGCCUGCCUGUGCUGCUGCUACUGCUCCCACUGUGCUGACAUACUCCAGCCUGACUUCAUCCACGAAGCUUGUCAGUAUGGCUGGAACCCAGCAAUCCUCUCAGAUUCGUGCAGGCUGGGAGACACUCACAGGGAGGAGCAGUCACCCACUCAGCUGCAGAGGCGAACCCGGCGUCACCGGACCAUUUUCACCGAGGAACAGCUGGAUGCACUGGAGGAGCUGUUCCUGCAGAACCAGUACCCAGACGUGAACACAAGAGAGAAACUCGCACAGCGCACUCACUUAAGAGAAGAGAGAGUGGAGGUUUGGUUUAAAAACAGAAGAGCCAAGUGGAGACGUCAGAAAAGACUUUCAUUUGUUGUGGGAAACACAGAAAAAAACUAA